AUGAAUCAAAAGCAAACUAAAGUGAUCUUCUUCUUGUUGGCCCUAAUCUCGGCAUCAAUGUUCCGACAAUCAGAAGCAGCUAAGCUGGCCUUUUGUCCAAUAGCCGAACUCGAGAAGGUGGCAGGAUGUCACGAUUCGUUGAAAUUAGCGGCGGAUAGAGAUUACAGAUGGCUAAGAAAUGAUUGUUGCGUACUAGUGCACUCAUUCUUCUUAAAGGAUCCACAAUGCCAAAUUGCUAUCUUGCCUGGCAGAGCUGCAGACGACAGUUUGCCUGUCAUCGUUUUCGAAGACAUUUGUACAGGUCUCGGAAGAACUUAUUAA